AUGGCUGAAAGGAACCGAAGAAACCGAAUCAAAGAUGGUCUCUUUGCUCUACGCGCUUUAGUCCCCAAGAUCUCAAAGAUGGAUAGAGCUUCCAUAGUUGGAGAUGCAAUCGAGUAUAUAAAAGAGCUGCAAAAGAAAGUUUUAGAACUUGAAGAUGAACUUAAGGGAUUAGAAGAAGAUGAUUUAAAAUCUCAUGAAGAUGAAGUAGAGGUCUGCAAACAGAAAAGAGCAAAUCAACCCUCGCCUGUAACAAAAGGGCAUACUAAAACCGAGGUUAAAGUGGAAGUACAUCAAAUUGGGGCUAAAGAAUUUUUGGUUAAAAUAGUUUGUGGUAAAAAACGAGGGGAAUGUUUGAGGACUAUGGAGAUUGUUGACUCGUUGAGACUUGAAGUAGUUGAUAUCCACGUCACCACUUGUAAUGGCCAAGUCUUGAACAUUCUCAAAGUAGAGGUAAAAGGAAAAGAGGUUGCAGCUGAGAAUUUGAAAGAUUCAUUGCUAAAGAAAUUGGGUGUCUUGUAUGCUUAUUAA